GUAUGUAUGUAUGUAUGUAUGUAUGUAUGUAUGUACAACAGGUACAAAUUAGUUAUCAUAAACUUAGUAUGAUAUGUAAAUCCCGUCAAGCAGAGAACAAAUAACCAGAAAACGUACAUGUAUAAACUUGUAUUGGGUCCACAGUGCGUCGUUCUGGACUGGAGUCUGCAGUAGAAAUCUGCGUAAUAAGAACAUUCACCUGGUCCCCUGUGUCAGUUCACGUCGACAAAAGGAUCGUUUAACGGGAAAGUAAUUUUAACAAUUGUGAUGACUAUCUUUAUGAAGGAACGUUUGGUGGGUAUCUGUUGGAGAUCAACACCAUCCAGAGAAUUUGUCAGUGUCCCCAUGUCACGAUAGGUCUUUGUUUUAAAGCCUCAUAGCGCGUCCACGACUUAGCAUAUCACUAUUUCCUUACAUAACAGAGUGUCACGUAUACACAGCCUCUAGUUUCAUAAUAUGUCAUCACCGUGAACUCCCAACAUGCGUGAAGAGGAUCCAUCAACUGUAUUGAUCAGCAUAGCGGAAAUGAAACUUAAUGAGUUUCUUAAUAAAAUAAUCAUUAUACGGCAAAUACUGACGACAGUAAUGAAAAAAGAUAGAUUUCCUCGGAUUUGGGAUACUAUAAGUCAAAUCCUGUAGGCAAGUUAUCGAUCGCCUGGGUAUGUAUCAAUUCAUUACAGGUUCAGUCAAAGCUCUUAAAUGAAAUAAAAUUUACCUUAUACGUUUGAAAUUAAUCUUUUCAAAUAACUUCUAACAUUCCUUUUGAAUACCACAAAUUGUGGGAGCCUAUUAUAAACGAUAAUCAUCUUUAGCUUAGAAGAUGAUACUAAAUUAAGGCAGAGGUUAUAUAAACUGACCCGGAACUAUUGUCAAUUUAUGAAAGCAUUCUAAAAACGAAAUAUCAUCUACGUAUAUGAUACUUAUGCCUACAUGAUACUUCCAUGUACAUAUAUGAUAUUAUUAUCUACACAGAAGAAAGUAUCAUCAACCAUCGAACUAUCGUCUUCGGUAACAAUAUUUUCGCGAGUAAUUGACUAUAGUUCCGGGUCCUUGUUUUAGCCCCUUAAUGCCGAGCGCCAGACCGGGUAACAAUAAGUACCAUCUUUUAACGUCUUUUGGUAUGACGCGGCCGGGGAUCCAACCCCGGACCUUCCGCUCUCCGGGCGGACGCACUAUGUGUGUGUGUGUGUGUGUAUUACAUGUAUAUUCAAUACCAGUAGAUGAAUUCAGUCUGGAGAGUUUUAUACAAAGCUAUUUGCAACUGUUACCUCCUCUGCGACAUCUCAAUGGAAUGUUUAUCAUACAUUGGAUCUUGUUAUAGCCAUUAUAUCUACCGUGUUAAUGGGGGUUAACGUCGCAUUCAAGAUAGUGUGUGCGUGCGUGCGUGCGCGUAGGCGCGUGCGUGCGUGCGUGCGUGUGUGUGCCACUCACACUCAGACAAUAUUGUUUUAUCGCCCUAAUUCCGAGCGCCAGGCAGGAUAGUAACAGUACAUCUUUGUACGAGGAUCGAACCACCCAUCUGCCGCUCUCCUGGCACAUCCACUAGACCACGGAGGCGGUACUUUAAAUCUUUGAAUGUUUUGUGAAAUUUGAAUUUUGAAAAAAAUAACAGAUAAGACUUAUAUUCAAAUCCCAACGAUGCGAACACUCUAACAUCAAGAAUCCCGCUGCUUAGAAAUGUAGUAAUAAAACUUUGUGAACAUGAUAAUAGUUAUAAGAAGAUCUCGAUUUGUGGAAAUUUGAAUUCUAAAUACUUAUAGUGAGUUGGGUUUAACGCCGCCUUCAACGGUGUUCCAUUUACGGCAUGUCAGUUUAAUGUAGGGGGAACGUCGGAAGUGCACAGCGAAUUGCGGCGCAUCAGACGACUAGGAUAGACGUGCCCAUAAAUACGUUUGAUUAAAAGUGACUUACAUUAAAUUCAUAUGAUGAUAAACAAAAUAUUUAUUUGGACUAAAUGGUGUAAGAUUCUCUCGGAACAAGCUAAUAAGCCCUUUCCCUGUAAGAUCUAUAAUAAGGAAGUUUGAACUGCCCAUAAAUAAUUCAUUUGAAAUAUUUGAUAGGAAAAUAACCCCUAUUUUAAAGUAUGGAAGCGAAAUAUAGGGCUUUGUUUACAGAGAAAGUAUGGAAUGUGUCUGUAGGAAAUUCUGUAAAUUCCAAUUAGGUGUGGGGUAUAGUUUUUCGAAUGCGGCCACCUAUGGGGAGUGUGGGAGACUUUCGUUAAGUUCUAAUUAUUAUUGUUAAACUGCAAAUGUUACAUUUAAGUCAAAAUAUCAAAUCUUGAAAAAGAACAACAGAAUAUACGGAAGUAGUGUCCAUGCAACGUUGCAUACAAAGUUUCAGAGCGAAGGACGUCUUUUGAGAGAGUUUUACAGCAUAUUCGAGGGUAUCAAAGGGAGAAGGGGAAACAUGGACCUAAUUUGGAUUAUGUACUUCUGUCUAACUCUUGUUCUUGCUCAAGAUGACAAAGUGACCGGAAGUAAAGGAACUGUGAAUGACAACCUGAUAGCGCCAGCACAAGACACCACUACUGUCCGAGAACCCGAACCCGAACGUUCUUGCACAGCAGAGAUACUCGCUGCUUUUUGGGGGUCAGUUGGAAUGUUCAUUCUACUUGCAGGAGCUGCAGUGAUCAUGUAUAGGAAUCGAAUGCUUACUUCCAUUGGGAAAAGGAGAAAAAAGGGAUUAGAUACACUGUUCGACGACACUUCCUCUCCUAUGCGACCUCCGUCCAGGGCCCAUCGAGAAUCCAUGUUAAGUGGCUAUGCUGACGUAAUGAGCAUCGACACUGCCUGUCACUAUCGUCGUGUCAGCAGAAGUCUUGGCAGUAUCAACUUUAGAACGUUCAGAGCGAGCACCGUGAAGGGUUCUACUCUGUACAAUACUAAAAGAAGUAAAAUGAGCACAAACGCCGCAGUGGACAUUACCAUAUCAGUGGAGCCCCCACAAUUUAAAAUAUACGAUCAGCAAUCGUAUUGGUUGGGCACGGAGACGGACUUUGAAGACGUCUACAAAAGUUCCCCAAAGAAAAGGGCAACUCUUCGCAGAUACUAUGCAGGUCUUCAGGAGGACACCCGUACGGAUAAAGAUGAAGAGGAUACAGCAUCGGAGGAACCACGGGGAGCCACUGGGACGCAGACUCACUGUGCAUCAAGGGAUGUACGAAGCAAAUUUCUUUACAUCUCCCCUGUGUUUAACGAAAAAAAUGCAGAAUCAAAGACAUGAAAACACUUUCAUUGAUAAUAUUCGGUAAAUCAGGACAAAGUGUCGGCAGUCACUGAGUAUGAAUAUCUUCAUCUGUAAGUGUCAGAAAAUCUUAACUAUCAACUUAUUGUGCAUAUACCUGGUGACUGGAGACAUACGUUACUGUCUAAAUGACGAAUUGUACUCUUUACGUCAUCAAAGACAAAGACAACAUGUGCGAUAUGUUUCGAUAUCAAGUAUUGUAUGGACUGUAAUAAUCUAUUAGUGAUCGUGGCACGCAUGUGGUGUGAUGUUAAUGAUUAGCGUAGUGCGUCGCCGUUCUAAUAUCACAGGCUAGAGAGCAAUGACUCUUUUGCUGUCUCUUUAUUGUCAGUAUAGCACCCCCUCGUUAGUCUCCAAGUUAUCUCGGAGAAAGUCAACCUUAACCUCUAGGUUUUUCAUGCAUGUUUUCUCAUGCGAACUACCAACUGUAUCGAGCUAUAUUCUUAAAAUGAGUAUUUAGGAUUAUUGUAUUAAAUAAACACUCCGUGUAAAUACAUAUUCAGCUUACAUAAAAUGUUCCAUUAUUAAUUAUGUCAUAAAGAACAUAUUUGUAAAUAAUUUAUUCUAUGGAUUAUACGAUGAGCUAACAUGUACAAGCCUCAGUGUAUACAUUAAAGUUGAGUAAUUUA